AGCUGCUGUUCUCAUGAAGGAUUUAUCUGAACAGGCCUCCCAAGCUGGCCAUGUCAGUAUGAGAUGCUGCCUGCACUUUUCAUCGUGAUCAACAGGUUGUUAAACUGCAAUCAAAAGCACUUAGCAGGAAUGGAUCUGUCCCUGUUAUGAGGUUUGAACUUCUGACACCUUUAUCCACUGGAACUUGAGAGCCCAGGAUGCAUCGGGGAGUUUUACAAGCCCUGCAGCUGUGAGCUGCUUGCAGCAUGAGGAAAAGCCCUCCAUCACCCCAAUGCACAGGCAAGAGAAGACAGAUGAUAGUAGCUGUCCUCCUUCGAUACUGAGGAAAAGGCCACCUGUGGACCAAGCUGUGGGGGAAAAGCGAAAAGUAGAGAGAAGAGUUCGAUUUCGUGAGCCAGAAGAAGUCAUUGAACAUGCUAUUUCCUGCUGUGACUAUGUAGUAGUACCUGACAGGUCAUCAUCUGGAUUGCCUGUGUUCCUGUGGCUCUCACUUUGUGCCGUGCUGAUCCUGGCUGUGAGUCUCUACUACACCAGCAUGAGGCAAGAUUUCAAGGUCCUGGAAGAAUUUCAAUCUCGACUUGUUAUCUUCUUUCUUCAGAUAAGACACGUUGCUCAGAAAUGCUGGACUUGGUUUACAAGGCAGUAACAAUAGUCUCUGACUGCAACAGCUUGACAAACAUCUCCAAGCACUGCUAACCAGCACACGGUCACAAAAAGCUCCUGAUUCACUCCAGCCAUAUGCCAGGGAAGGCGUGAGCAGCCACCUUGAAGAACAGUAAAACCAGCUCUGUCGUGCACUUCUCAGAGCCAUUUGUUCUCCUUUCUCAUUACCGUGUGGCCACAGUGGCAACUAGAGGUCUCACCAAACUUGGGCUUCAUCAUCUUGGACAGUGAACAAGCAUCUUAGCUGUGUCCCCUAAAGAGGUUACAAAUCGUAGAUCUGAGCAGCAGAAGCAGAUAGAGAAAAUUCAUUGAUAUGUGCAGGCAGUGGCAAGCUCUGAAAAUAGGUCUCUGGAGUCUUAGAUCACGGCAUUAACUAUCAAACCAUUGUUCUCCUCAAGUCUCCCAAGGGCAGUUCUGCAAAGGUUAAAAUAAACCUGAACUAUUGCACAAAAACUACUUUUGUGAUCAAAGGUUGGCAAGUUUGCUGUAUUUCUACACCUGUAAAAUGAUUGUUAGUAAAAUCCUGGCAAGUGGCUUUCUUCUUUCCCUUCAUGCAUUUUCGCCUCCAUAGGCAAAAACUGUUACUUAAUAUUUCAAUUGACUCUCAGGUGUGAAAAAGAGCAUGAAAACUCAUUUAAACAGUAAAUAGUGUAUUUACCUAGUAUUAUGCACAACAGCCUUGAAUCCCAGGUUAAUUAUCAAAUCAGUAGUUUAAUCCUCUGUGUUUGAUUCAGCCCAUAAACCCCAUGAGCUGAGCUUACAAGGUUUAUGACAGCACUUGCAUUCAGACAGAGAUUAUGCAUUUACGCCUGUGUGUUCAAGACCUUAUAUAAUGGUGGUACAGACUGUUUAUGAAGAUGUGGGGGAUACAGCCCUACCAUACCUCUGUUAUCAGACCAUAGUGUGCACCUCUCCAAAGGGCAUCAUUUUAAUUAAUGGAGCUCAUGCAGGGAGUGUAGAACUUCUCUCAUCUGAGAGGAGAGCAAGCACAUGCGAGCUUAUGAACAGCAGCUUUCUCAUGUUUAUUUUCUUCCUUGACAAAAAUAUCAUCAGCAGCAACUUGAAAAAUAUGAUUAUCUUCAAGUGACAUCAAAGUAAGGCAUAUGAUGCAUGUUUGGUUUUAUUCAGUAUAAGAACAAUGUCAGAAUCUGUAAAAGCUGAAGAAAACGAGAGAAAACACUGCAAAGAAGAUUGAAUUGAUGUUUGCAAGACCAUGUCUUGAACUCCCCUGCCAUAGCUGCUAACCAAAAAGAUGUAUAUCUGGUGCCUUAUUUUUAACUGACUUUAACAAAAGAGAGGGCAACAUUUCUCUGCCACAGCAAUCUUCUCCCAAGCAACCUCAGACUUAAACUAGGCAAUGGAUGAAAAAGGAACAAAAUAUGCAGCCUGGACUCAAGAUGAAGGUGGGCGCAAGCUGACUGAAAAUGAAUCCAAAAAGUUGCAGUGUCAGAGACAAAAAGAAAUCACUGCAGGGGCUAUUCUCAUGCUCAUCCUGAGACAUCAAAGGCCCACAGCAACUGCAUAUGAUGAGCUGCCAGUUUGGGAACCAGAGGUUGCUGCAGGAGGCAUUUAGCUCAGUGGCUCUUUGCCUAAACCCAUCAUGUACCCAAAGUUUCCAGGGUAAGUUCCACGAUUACUUCCCUCCCCUCUGCCCCCAUCUCAGCUCUGCUUUUUAGAUAAUAAAGAAGAAAGGUUUUAAACUUGUGUAUUGGUCAUUCUCUGAUGGAAAAGCUGAGAAUGAUGUAUUCAUGGGGCAAGUGGGUCACUGAAACCUUUGUUUUAAUUUUUUUAAUGUUUAUGACCUUUUUAACGUGUAUGCUUUUAACCCUUUGGCAAGUCAGUGGGCUUCUUUUUUUAGAUCUGUACUAACAUGUUUGUAGCGACCACAUUCAAAACAGGAGCCUGUGUUUGAAGUGAUAGUGCACUCCCUGAAACUCACUGCAUAUCAUAACAAGUAAGCAAAGUAAGGGUUGAAAGGAAAUGAGAUCUCCUUUUAGGGCUCUGAAGGAAGAUGAGGGUAUAGCCUGAAAUCCAAGGCGAAGGCUCACCUUCCUGCACUGCUCACCAAGAGACAGACCCUGGGACCACCUCUCCCCAGGCCUGAUUUAAACAGAAAAUGGCCCCAUCCACCUUGCUGGGGUCGUGGUUUAUCAGUGUGAGUGAGGCACACUCUGAGAAUGGCUAUUGCAUCAGGGCUGUCAGGGAAAUUAAACAGGAACAACUAUUCCUGGCUUCUGCCCAGGCUCUGAUUGGGACAUUGGCAAAAGCAGCACUUGAGUUGUCUGCUGAGUUUAAGCCAUGGCCUUGUAAGGUCUCCUGGGUCAGGACUGUUUGCUGCAGUCAGUCAGAUACAUGGCAGAUUGCACAAAGUCGAAACAAAUUCAAUUCAAAGCAUGACCAGAAUGUUUGAAAUAAAUAAAAGCUUAAUCCUA